AGCCAGGACCACCAGGUUCCGAAGGAUCCUCUGGAUAUUCAGGAGCUAUGGGUUUCCUUGGUGAAACAGGUGAACUUGGGCCCCCAGGGAAAAAGGGUGAACCUGGUUUGCCUGGACCUCAGGGUGAAUCUGGAAUAGCAGGAGAAAUUAGGGAUGCUGGUGGGAGUGGUGAGGAUGGUGGCUCUGGUGAUCCAGGAGAGACGGGUUCCCAAGGAAGACCAGGAAAACAAGGACCUCAGGGGCCUGUGGGACCCAAGGGCUUUGCUGGUGCCAAAGGAAACAAAGGAGAUAUUGGAGAACAAGGAUAUAGGGGUUAUCCAGGAGCCCCCGGAGAGACCGGAGAAGAUGGGCCAAAGGGCAAUGAAGGAUCUCCAGGAAUACCAGGCAGUGAUGGCAUUCCAGGAAGGGAUGUAAGAUCUAGUUCAUAA